CUUAACAGCAUUGAUAAACUUAUCGUUAAUUCAUGUUGACCCAUUUUGCUAUGGGCGUCUUAAAGAUAACGCGCUGGACACAUCUACGAUUUUGAAAUAAAAGACGAACCACAAUACCGAUGGCAUGACUUAAAGCGAAUUAAAGCAGUACGGUUGUGUGCUUAAGAUUUAUCGACAUGGAAUAUUGUUAAAUAUUUAAAUAGUAAAUCGGUGAAUAGGUUGGAAACAUAAUGGAUGUAAAUCAUGAUGGCAAGGAUGGACUGAAGCAGCGGAAGACGGACAGCAUGUCAAACAGCAGCCUGGCCCAGUCCGUUACCGUGGAGACCGAGGUUGUGUUGAAGAAGGAGGUCGGACUACUGUCAGGGAUAUCGCUCAUCGUGGGGACAAUCAUUGGCUCCGGUAUCUUCAUCUCGCCGAAGGGUGUCCUUGACAUGACGCAGUCGGUCGGCCUCUCGCUGGUCGUCUGGACCGGAAGUGGUGUGCUCGCUAUGCUGGGCGCUCUCACGUACAGCGAGCUGGGAACGCUGGUCCGGAAGUCGGGCGGGGAGUACGCGUAUAUCCUGGAAGCGUUCGGUCAGGUGCCCGCGUUCCUAUUCGCGUGGACCUCCGUCAUCGUAAUCAGACCCUCGUCUAUCGCCAUUAUCUGCCUGACGUUUUCCGAGUACCUGACGACAUUCUUCCCGUACUGCGGCUCUCCGGAAGUGGUUCCUAAGGUGAUAGCCGCCGUUGCUAUAGUAACGCUGAUGGUGAUUAACAGCAUGAGCGUCACGGCAGCCGCACGCGUACAGAUCCUGUUCACAGCGGCCAAGCUGGGAGCUCUAGUAAUCGUCAUGAUCGGCGGCAUAGUCCGUCUCGCCCAGGGUCACACGACACAGUUCCAGGACAGUUUCGCCGGAUCCACCAGCUCACCCUCAACUAUCGCACUGGCGUUCUACCAGGCUCUCUGGGCGUAUGACGGCUGGAACAAUCUUAACUACGUUACAGAAGAAAUAUACAAACCAGAAAUAAAUCUGCCUCGGGCUAAUAUUCUUGGUGUAGCCUUGGUUACAGUUGUGUACGUGCUCACAAAUAUCGGAUACCUGACGGCCAUGACGUCAUCCGAGUUGCUAGCGUCCAGCGCCGUAGCUGUGACUUGGGCUGAUCGCGUGCUGAAAUCUGCGAGCGUUAUUCUGCCCAUAGCCGUUCUCUUCUCAACGUUUGGAGCUGCCAACGGUUCCGUAUUCACAGGAGGAAGAGUCGUGUACUGCGCCGGUCGUGAAGGUCACCUACCAGAACUACUGUCAUACGUGUACGUUCGACGACUCACACCGUUACCUUCCAUUGUUUUUACGUGUGCCAUAUCGCUGGUGAUGAUUGGCAUCAGCAACAUCGGUCAGCUGGUGGACUUUUUCAGUUUCACGGCCUGGCUCUUCUACGGCCUUACGGCGCUGUCUCUGCUCGUGAUGCGUUACACAAAGCGGGACGAGCCGCGCAUCGUCCGGGUUCCUAUAGUGAUCACCAUUAUUUUCCUUUUGUGCGCCAUCUACCUGGUUAUCGCCCCUAUAGUGGAGAAUCCGCAAAUCCAGUUCCUGUACGCCUCCAUCUUUAUUGUUGGCGGACUGAUAUUCUACGUGCCUCUGGUACACUUCAAGCUCGUCAAAAUAGACAAGCUGACGAUGUACAUGCAGCUCUUUAUGGAGAUCGCUCCGCCACACGUCGAACCGGACAGCUAGAGACCAGGGGCCACGCUGCGAAAGCGCCUAAAAACAAUCGUAACUUAAGUUGUACCUACGAAAAAAUGUAGGUCACAUUUUCUCAUUGAAAUUCAGUGAUUUAUUAUGUAUGUACUACAUGCUAGGUUACAAAUGUUCAGAAAUUUCAAGAAAACCAUAUACUUGCCACUUUACAAACAUUUUGUGCGCCCGCUGCUUGAAUAUAUACGCAGGAGUGAGUUCCAAUGUAUUUUAAGUGCAUACAAUAUAUCGAACAUGUCAAGAGACGAGGAAUUGACUUUUAACCAGGUUUAACAUUUAUGGUAUCGUCCUAAGAAAUAUUUAAACAUUUUUGUCUCGAUACAAAUAUACAUGAACAGAAGAAAGUGUACGGCUAUUAUCAAACUAUUAGUGGUUACGAAUUGUGUCGACUAUGUUUGUGUCUUGUUCUGUGAAAACUGGGCUUAAUUCAUGUGCGUAAAGUGUCGUCCCAGAUUAGCCUGUGCAGUCCGCACAGGCUAAUCAGGGACGACACUUUCCGCCUAAGGAGGGACUUCCUUGAAACUAAAAAUACCAUUAAAGCGGAAAUUGCCGUCCCUGAUUAGCCUGUGCGGACUGCACACUUUACGCACAUGAAUUAAGCCCAGUUUUCUCAGAACAAGACACGUUUAAACUUUUAACAAGUUAUCUGUCUCAAACUAUGGAGGGUCUUCUUCUGGACGGAUACUCCAAAAACAUUUUCUCAUAAGCAGACAUAUCAAAAAGCGUAGAAAAUAUCGUGCUACGAGAGAAAACGAUGUCCGUCUGCAGAUGAGGCGGAGGAACUAUUUUUCACUGUUUGAUUACCUACUUUGGGACACUGGCUAUAAGUGAUCUUAUGUAUGAACUUCAAUACGCGUUGAAAAAUAUUAUUGUAAAUUUCUUUUAUUUCACCAUUUGCAAUCGUCUUAUUUUAUUAUUUGUUCACACCUAAACUGAUACAGUUACGUAUGGAAAAUUGGAAAAAGACGCCUGACCGGACAAAAGUUAUACAUGUAGCAGCGUGUUAUCAGAAAAUUGAAUGUCACGCCUUUUUGUGGCUGAUUCCAAUCUCUUUUUUUAGCGUUACCGAUUUUUAUUAUUCUAUACUGCUAUUCUUGUUGCUUGCUUUUUAUAUGUUUAUGUAAUGCGCAGCGACUUUUAACCAACGCUGUUGGCAUGGAAACUUGUGAGCAUAAACAACCAUGAUCGCUUAAGAUUUAGAAAUGAGGAGACUUCGCUUGAAAGUUCGCGUCUCGAUCUAAAUAUUAAUCAUACAUUCUAAUGAAUGCAGCAUUAUCAUUGUUCUUAUUUUGUUAAUAUAUGUAUUGUACAUUAAUUGCGUGCCUAUAUAAUGUUAUCACAGUAAAUUAUUGGUGCUAUGUUAAACAGAUUUGAGUAUGAAUUCCACUUGAAUAAUUAUUUUCAAAAAUUCAAA